UCCAAAAUUCCCAGCAAACUUUGGCAAUGGAGCAGACUCCUCCUCAGACCCCUCAACCCAUUCUCUACGAAACCCUACCUCCUCUCCUUCUCUCCACCCCCGACCAUUCUCCGUCGCCGCCUCCGCACUCCGAUCACCUCGAAUCCUACUCCGUCUUCCGCAACGAGAUCACUAUCUCCUCUCUCCGCUCCACUUCAGCUGACUCCGCCGCGCCGACCUUCAUCUCCCUUGACGUGGCCGCCGAUGAGCCCCAGACGAAAUCUGCCUGGGAGUCUCCGGCCGCCGAGCCGAAGAUUUCGGUCCCAGAGCCGAAGCUCGAGAGCGGAUGGUUUCGCGGCCGUAGCAAUUUCAAAAGCCCUAUGCUUCAGCUCCAUAAAGAGAUUCUGGACUUUUGUGAGUUUCUCUCUCCAACCCCGCAAGAGGAAGAGGGGCGGAGGGCAGCAGUAGAACGUGUUUCGGAGGUUAUCAAAUAUGUAUGGCCCCGAUGUGAGGUUGAAGUUUUUGGAUCGUUCAAGACGGGGCUGUAUCUUCCAGCAAGUGAUAUUGAUGUUGUCAUUAUGCGUUCUGGUAUUCCAACCCCACAGCAAGGGUUGUAUGCACUUUCUAGGGCAUUGUCACAAAUGGGUUUGGCGAAAAAGAUACAGGUGAUCGCAAAGGCUCGUGUACCGAUAAUUAAAUUUGUAGAAAAAACAAGUGGCAUUGCCUUUGACAUAAGUUUUGAUAUAGACAGUGGGCCAAAAGCUGCUGAGUUUAUCAUGGAUGCAAUAUCUAAGUGGCCUCCUUUGCGGCCGUUGUGUUUAAUCUUGAAAAUAUUUUUACAACAGAGAGAAUUGAAUGAGGUAUACUCUGGUGGAUUAGGUUCAUAUGCCCUUCUUGCAAUGCUAAUUGCAAUGUUGCAGAACCUCAGGGAGAGCCAAGCUUCUUCGGAACAAAACUUGGGAGUUCUUAUGGUAAACUUCUUUGAUUUUUAUGGGCGGAAACUGAACACUUCAGAUGUUGGUGUGUCUUGCCAAGGGACAGGCACUUUUUUCUCAAAGAAUAGUAAAGGGUUCACAAAUAAAGGACGGCCAUGUCUUAUUGCCAUUGAGGACCCACAGGCACCAGAGAAUGAUGUUGGGAAGAACUCUUUCAACUAUUUCCAGAUUAAAUCAGCAUUUUCAAUGGCUUAUACUACAUUGACGAAUCCUAAGAACAUCAUGUCCCUUGGCCCGAAUAGGAGCAUUCUUGGUACCAUAAUUAGACCAGAUGUAAUGUUGGCAGAACGAAAAGGAGGGCCUGGUCAGGUGACUAUAGAUAGCUUGCUGCCAGGAGCAGGUGAGCCACUUCGGCCGGAGUCUGAGCAGCAGGACUUUUUAUGCAAUUGGCAGUAUGAUGAAGAACCCCUACCACGGGGAGGUGACUUUGUUGGAGAUGUAAACGGGGAAUCAUCAUCUGGAAAGAAAAGGAAAUCUCGGUCUAAAGAUAAGUCUAAAUCAUCAGUAAAAAAGGGGAAAAAGAUCAAGGCGGAGGACAGUGAUGCGAGGAGGAAAGAGAAGGCAUCCAUGAAGAAGGAAAGGAGACAAAAACGAAAACAUUCUCGAGAGAGUCUCAACGGAUAUGGUGCUUACGUUGGAGGGUCUCCAUGGAGUCGCUAGAACCUGUCUCAUGCUGUUAUCUGUGGAUUGCGGUGUUGUCUGGUUUUAUUCUCCACUCAUAGUGGGUUGUGACCAUUGCCCUUCAUGUACCGAAUCAUGCAUGAGAUGAAGGGGAGCACAUUACUUGUUGUGCAGUUCAGUGACCAAGCUGACAUUAUAGGAUAAGCCCCUCCAUGCAGAAGUAUGAAAUUUGUUCUGCAAGGUGAGACUAUUUCCGCCAAUUUUGCCGUGUGCAGUCCUCAGACCUAAAUAGAUCCCUCGAUUGUAACAUGCAAUUAGGAUUAUUUUGUUAGAUAUAUUUAUUUAACUAGGAAGCGGACAAUGUACUCGCGGUAUAUUCAUUUAUCUACAUUUCACACAGGUAACACUAUCAGUUUUACCUCAAGCUUCUGCUGCCUUGCCAUAUUAAAUUGGCAUGAUCUCAUGAGAAAAAUACACAUGCAGAUUAAUAAUCAUGUGUACAAAAUAAACAGAAAACUUGUGUCCA